AUGUCCUGCCCACCACCUCCGCAGACUCUAACACUUGAUAUUGUCAACGACAGCAGCGAUUACGGAUCCGACUUUACUCCGGAUGAAGAGGAGAUUCUGAAUGAGCUACUCGUGAGAGUUGACCCGGAACGCGCUACGGAAGUGGACGCGACAAUAGCGACCACCGCCCCCGCUCAACCUCCUCUACAGUCGACAAUUACUACUACUACUGUCGUUCAAGAUAUCGAAAAUUAUAAUGAGGUUCCGUCCACUGGGCGGCCCCCGCGGGUGUUGGGGCGACAGAAGCCUGCAUGGCAGAUUGCGAGGACUCAGUCGGGUCCACCUGCUGCAGGCAGUAGCAUCGAGCAUCCCGAUUCCACUGAAGGUCGUACGAGAGAUCGUGAGAGACACGUAGCCCGAGAGAAGGAGUGGAUAAAUGAUUCCGAGACAGUCGGGUCUCGUUCUCCGCUGGAACGAUUCCGACGGCCGCCCAACAAGGCUUUCUCCGUUACUGAUUUGGUCUCCCCUGCCUGGUGCGAACUGCAAUAUUGGUAUACCUUGACGAAACAUGGGAGGAAAAGAAGAACACCUGCGAUGAAGCUGGGGAGUACCAUACACAAGUCACUGGAGGACGAGAUCUACACUACAGUACCGGUGGAGAUCACGACGAAAGAGGACGCCUUGGCCCUGAGGAUCUGGAAUGUGAUACAGGGGCUUCGCACAUUGAGAGAGUAUGGGAUCACGCGAGAGUUGGAGGUCUGGGGCAUUGUUAAUGGGGAGCUGGUGAGCGGGGUCAUCGAUCAGCUUUCUUACGUGUGUCCCGACUCGGAACUCGAGGCCACAGCUGCAUCAUAUUACGCUGAUGUGGAAGCGUCGAGGGCUGUUUUGCCCGAGUAUCAAAUGUCGCUGACGGACUAUCUUCUCUCACCGUCACAGGGUGGGAAGCGACUUUCUGAUAUGAGCUGGGAUGACGAGAAUCUACAGGGCUCGGAUAACUCGUUCAUCUCUGACCGUCAGUCCUCCGCGGAGGUCUUCAAUUUACCUAGGAUCUACAUGACAGAUAUCAAGACGAGGGGUUCCAGUCGCUCGAUUCCCACUGUCAAGAGCACGUCUUUUCGGCCUACGCUGCUCCAGCUCCAAAUGUAUUACCACAUGCUUAAUCGCCUUGUUACUACCGACGAGGUCUCCAUCGAAAUUCUGGCGUCGCGCUACGGCCUGGAUCCCCAUCGCACUUUCACUGAUGCAUUUAUAACGGAAGUGGGUGGUCUAAAUGAUCAGUUUUUUGACGCUCUAUCGUCACAGGAAUUUGACCGUGACCAUAUUCCCACCUCGGAAGAUGCUCUCGUGCGACGACUGUCUUCCCAGCACUCUGCAGAUGCAGACUCAGCAGACUCAGCCGCCUCUGCAAGCCAGGACUCGACCGGCGUGCUCCUCACAAAUAGAAACCUGGCUAGUCUCUGGAGGUUCAUGAAGGACCAGCUGCGGCUCACAUUUAUACCACAACCCCUGCAAUCGUCAUCCGUCUUGGUGGCACCAUCAAUCCCCUCUGAAUUCCAGCCUCAUAUGCUCGAGUCCUACCCUACCGUGCUCUCCCCCCUCCUUACCGCUCGAUAUCUUUCUUCCACACCGGUAGACGAAUCGAAAUCGCGAGCGCUGGGUAGUCGGUCGUUUCUGUUCGACCCCAUAACCAUGACAUCUUAUCUCUCCGAUCAGAUGGAGUGGUGGCGCGGUGAGCGAGAACCCCGUGGCGUGGAAAUCAUGGAGGCCUGGAAAUGCCGAAUAUGUGAAUUCAACGACGAGUGCUCUUGGCGUCAAGAGAAAGAAUGGGCCUUUGCGAGACGCUGGAGGGGUCGGAAAUCGUCUGAUUCGGCUACUGCUUAG